CUGAAUUCCACCGUUGCCGCAUGGUUCACCCUAAGGCGUAGGCGGUAGACAUGCUGGACCAAGGUGCAUCGUCCUGGACGCAGUAGCUGAUGUAGGGUGUGCUAACUUUACUCUCCUGCUACAGUCACGACAACGACCAAGCCGCGGUGGCGCGAGCCUGCCAUCGACUUCGUCGCGGGGUCGCUUGGCGGCUUUUGCGCUAAGUUUGUGGAGUUCCCUUUAGACACAGUCAAGGUCCAACUUCAAACGCAAGCGCCGCGUGGAGGCAGUGGAAGGAGCGUAAGUGCGUUCCAUCAAAUCCUGUCGCUUGUGCAACGUGAAGGGCCAGCAGUGCUGUACCGCGGGCUGCCCAUGCCACUCGUUGGCACGAUGGUUGAAACAGCGUGCCUCUUUGCCACAUUUGGACAAGUCAAGACUGUUCUCUUUGGACCUCGGAUCGAACCGCUCACGACACGGGAAAUCGCCGCAGCUGGCGGUGUCUCGGGCUGUGCAAUUUCGUUCAUCCUUACACCGAUCGAGCUUAUCAAAUGUAGAAUGCAAGUCACGACCAAGUCGCGGUAUGCCAAUACGGGCGAUUGCAUUGCUCAGUCGUUUCAACGCGACGGUCUCCGCGGCCUUUUCAAAGGAAUUGUUCCCACGAUGUGGCGCGAGAUCCCCGGUACCGCCGCGUGGUUUGCCACGUACCACGCGACCUUGGACUACCUUCGGCACGGAAAGGAUGAAAAGUUGGACUGGGAUGUUAUUGCUGCUGGCGCGUUGAGUGGCAUUGCGUACAAUGGGGCGUUUUACCCAGCAGACACAGUCAAGUCGCUAGUUCAAACGUCUCCAACGCAUCGGCGCAGCAUGGACGUCGUCAACGAAGUAUAUGCCCUCCACGGCGUCAAAGGGUUCUACCGAGGACUCUGUCCUACAGUGUUCCGCGCGAUUCCAGCCAACGCGGUGCUGUUCUACACAUACGAAGAAAUCCGGAGCGUCUUCAGCCGCGCCCUUCCAUAGCUGCACGCGCCACCUGCGUUAAGAAUCGACCUACAUCGAUCGUCACGACGGCAUGGAUCGGCUGCAUCGCGCCGCCGACGGCAGUUCCGUUUUGAGGAUUUUUUGUGGAAAACUGCCAAAAUUGAUUUUUCAAAUAUCCA